GGAGCACACAGCAUAUAUUAUAUGUGUGGAUUGCCUAGCUGGCGUUAAAGCACGAGAAACUCCACAUCCCUUGUCUGUGUGCAAGACAGUCCGUGUGAGUAUGAGAGUGUGUGUUUGCGUGCAUGUGUGUGUUUGUUUCCAGCUCUCACCAGGUUGGGUGCGUUAACACUGAGAGCUUCCUGCUGCAUCCAUCUGCCUCAAACUCAACAGCGCCGAGCUGUCACUGCACAUUGCGGGGUUUUGAAAAAGAAAGGGACGCUGGUGGAAACCCCCCUCUCUCUCAGGACAACACACUUAUCUCCUCACUCUCUCAGAGACUCAUGACUGUUUGAGGGAAAACGGACCCACUGUGGCCCAUGCACUGUACCCGUUUCCCUCCCUGUCCUCCUUAUCCCUCAAGCUGUCGCAGAACCCCAGACACCUGCCCCCUCUCCCUCACCCCCACUCCCACUCCCAUCCGAUCCCCAGCGACUCGCCGCCUCCCGCCAUGGUGUCCGGCACAGAGACCGUGCACUACAUCCACCUCCACAACUCCAGCCAGUCGGUGCUGGAGGCCCUGAGAACGCAGCGGCGCGAAGGCCUUUUCUGCGACGUCACGGUAAGGAUACACGACGCCUCGCUACGAGCACACGCCUGCGUCCUGGCCGCCGGAAGCCCCUUCUUCCAGGACAAACUCCUCCUGGGUCACUCUGAGAUCUCCGUGCCCCCUCUGGUGCCCGCGGAAACCGUCAAGCAGCUGGUGGAUUUCAUGUACAGCGGAUCCCUGGUGGUGCUGCAAUCCCAGGCGCUCUGCAUCCUCACUGCCGCCAGCAUCCUGCAGAUUAAGACGGUUAUUGACGAGUGUACUCAGAUUAUCUCUCAGAGGAAAGCGGCGGCUACAGCGGCGGCGGCGGCGGCAGCAGCGGCAGCAGGAGGAGGAGGAGGCGGAGGUGGAGGUGGAGGCGGAGGAGGAGGAGGAGGGAUGCUCGGAGGAGUUCUCCCUAAACAAGAAGAGCGAGGCGGGGGGAAAGGGAGAGAAAGCGGGGGCGGUGGGAGCUGCUCUGUGGGUGCAAGCGGAGGUGGAGGGUACGCAAACUUCCCCAACUUCAUGGCAGAAUGUGCAGCUAGUAACAUGGGCGGCGGGUUAGGGGUCGCCAAUGUUAACGAUUCGGGUCAAAUGGAGCAAGCUAACACGGUGAGUUUGAUGUCUUUGGGCGACUUGGGACCAGGAUCCAUGUGUGGUGGAAACGACGGAGCAAUCCUCAUGAAGCAGAACUCCAGCUGCACUCAGGACGUCCGGUACAAGCUGCGGGACCUUUUGGCGCAGACGGCAAACGGAGCGGGCAGCACGGGGAACCUGUCGGCCGGGUGCAGCUCCGGCGUGGGCAGCGUCGACAGCAUCGGCAGGGACAGUCUCCGAGGAAACGCCGGCGAUCUAUCGGACGAGCUGGUGGCGAUGGAGCGGUACAGCGAGGAGGAGGAGCACGACGGCAGGGAUCGGGGGAGAGAGGGAGACCGAGACAGAGGGCCGAGUCACAGCCGGAAACAGAGGCAACCGCUCAGGCACCAGGUGCUGGGAGGAGAAGGCGUGGUGGUGAAAGAUGAAGGCGUUCAGGAUGGGACCGUCUAUUCCAUGCAGGACGGGAGAAGAGAUGGACAGCAGGAAGGCUCCCAGGAACCCAUGGCAGGAUUUGGACAGAAUUUUUACGAUGAGCAGGGGGUGUUUUCGGAGAGUUUCUGGCCCCAGAGUGAGCCUCCUCAGGCCAUGGCUUUCAACCCUAGAGGAAGGGUCAACAAGCCCCUGACUCCCCCUCCUACCUCUCAGUCCAUCAACAACCAGCUCCUCUUCCAGUACCCAGUGAGCCAAUCGCAGCCAUCCCCCUUCUAUGUGGGCGGGCCAAUGGGUGGGAUUGACAGCAUGGCGGGGGCGGCGCCAACUCAACAGGCUCCACCUCCUGCGCCAAUGACCCCGGCCCCGCCCCCUCCCACCUCCUCGGCAGGCCCCUCCCCUUCCUCCCAGGGAUCUGAGACCUCGUUCGACUGCACGCACUGUGGCAAAUCUUUACGUUCCAGGAAGAACUACAGCAAGCACAUGUUCAUCCACUCCGGUCAGAAACCUCACCAGUGCUCCAUCUGCUGGCGCUCCUUCUCUCUGCGCGACUACCUCCUGAAACACAUGGUGGUGCACACAGGCGUGCGGGCCUUCCAGUGCUCCAUGUGUGGAAAACGCUUCACCCAGAAGAGCUCGCUGAACGUGCACAUGCGCACGCACCGAGCCGAGCGCACCUUCCAGUGCAACGUGUGCCAGCGGGCCUUCACCCACCGCACGCUGCUGGAGCGCCACGCCCUGCAGCACGCCCACCCACACCCCCCCCAGGGGAGAGGGGCCGACAUGACCUCGCCCCCCAAGCACAGCCCCCCGCCGCUGGGGGGGUCCUCAGGUAUGGCUACGGCCGCUGGGAUGGUGGGAAACAUGGCCAACAUGCCCAGCCACGGAGCCUCAUCUACCUAAAGGUCUAGUGGGCAGCUAGUGGGAACACGGAGAUGUGGAGGAGUUCCCGAAAGUUUGAUAUGAGAAAUGUUUAGUACGGGGUCCCCAGGACGUAGAAACUGCUGGUUGCUAAGGUUCAUAUGUUGGGCGAUUUGCACGAUUAUUCAUAAUAAUUGAUUACAUUUCUAUAGCGCCUUUCAAGGGACCCAAGGCCGCUUUACAAACAAACAAACAAAAGGGGUGCAUAAUAAAGUAAAAAUUAACUGUGAUGGGUUAGGGGUCAAAGGCCAUGGUGGCAUGAUUGGCAUAAGUUGCGUUGAUUAGCAUACGCAGACAAUAGCUAAAAAAUGGAUUGGCUGAUUUGGACAAUUUUGGUGUGGUAUAUUGAGGAUGUUGAAUCUCUACUGACAUUUUUAGGUAAAAAAAAUGACAGUUUUGAGUCCUGUAAUCCCCAAACUUCUUAAAAUCAGUUCACCGAGUGUACAUAGAUGGAGACUUUAACCCUAACCCUUUUUUUAAUAUUGUCUGCAUCUGCUAAUUAACACUACUUAAUAUGCUAAUUGUGCAAAAUCGCCUAACAAAUGCAAGUUAGCAUCCGAUAGUUUCUUAGUGCUGGGGACCCUUACUAUACAUUUCUAUCAUAAACCUUUGGGGUAUUCAACAUUUUAACGGGUUCACAAUCAAACUGAGCUGCCAGAUAGACUAUAGGGGGAGAAUAAGGGGGAGAUAGGGAGCCCAUUCCUCAAACCGACCAUUUUUAGGGUCCUAGUUCUGGUCGGAAAAGCACUUACAGGUUCCCGUCUUUUAAACUUAACGACACUUUCAAACAGGGUUCUUACACACGGCUGGAAAGUAAUGAAAAUGUCUGAGGUGAAUUGCACAUAAUCCUGGAAACAUUUGUAAAAAAAAUAAAUGUUGUUCCUUCCCCAGGAACCCGUCUUUUAAUAGUUGUUUGUAGUCCUUCCCUCGUGUUGUGACAUUUGUUGCUGUUAUCAUACGCUAAAGAGCGACACCGCUAACAAUCACACACCUUGAUGAACAGCCAUCCAAAAUCCAGCCAAAAUGUUUUUUUAAAUGUGUAGGAACCCUGUUUCAAAGACACCAGAGAGUCACCAAAGGUUAGGAAUACAGAGAGGGUUUGGAGGUAAGGGAUGGGAGGGAUGGGUUUACAAAGAGAAGCAAGUUAGGGUAAGGAAGGGUUAUUAGGGAGGGGGGUGCAGGGAUUUAUUCACCCUCAAUUCAUUUAAUUCAGGAGUAAAGUUCAGUGUAAAGUGCAUCAAAUUAGGGCUGUGCGAUUAUGGCAAAAAUCAUAAUCACAAUUAUUUGGGUCAAUAAUUGAUAUCACGAUUAUUAAAUACGAUUAUUCAUUGACUUUGAAAACAUCCAUUUAUUGAACUUUUAAAUACAAAUAAUAAUUUGAACAGUAUCUUUUUAUCUGUUGAUUACCCUGAACGUAUAAUUCAACUAAAAAACC